UUGAAAUAGAAGAAACUGACCCAAUAGAGAAAGAAAAAAAAGAAGUUGAAGAAUUUGAUUAUUUGUGAUUAUUAUUAUUGAGAGUGAAAAUGCAGGCAGCAAAGAAAGCAGUUGAGAACAUGAAGGAAACAGCAGCCAACAUGGGUGCUUCUGCCAAGUCUGGCAUGGAGAAGACCAAAGCCACCGUUCAAGAAAAGACUGAGAGGAUGAAUACAGAUGAUCCAAUGCAAAAGGAAAUGGCAACCUUGAAGAAAGAGGAGAGGAUCCACCAAGCAGAAGCGGAGAAGCAGCAGGCACGUGAGCACAAUGCUGCAGUCAAACAAUCUACAAAUGAUGAUCACGUGACUAACACCGAUGCAACCAAACCGUCUGCAAAUGCUGAUAACGUGUCUAAUCAGAGUCACCACCACAGCGAUGCAACCAAACCGUCUGCAAAUGUUGAUCACAUGACUAAUCAAUGCAACCACCAUACCAACGCGGAGACUGCCAUUGGUGACUAUGGAUGCGGACAACCAAUGGCCACUGACCACGUUUCAACGAUCCCUACGCUUGGGUUUGGGAAUGAAGUUCCGAUGUGCUCGCACUCAAUUGAUACCAACACCAAGGCCAAUAAUGUCCAUCUGGCUGAAACUCAACCCGGGAGUGCACCUGCCAAGUAUUAGUUAUUUAUAAAUUUGAAAGUUGUUCAUUUGUGUAGUAAAUAUUAGGGUUAUUGGUUUGUGAAUUAUGUUGUUCAUGUUUAAUCAAUCAAUGUUACGUAUGUUGUUUGUCUCUUUAAUUUGGGUAUGAGACCAAGUGUUGUACAUGAUAUACAUGGUACAUCUUGUGCCAUAUAGUUGUUAUGACUGUUGUUUCAUUAAAUAAUAAAUCUGUGGGUGUGAUUUUACUUGCUUUUU